AUGGCGGCGCGCUUGCGUGAUGCCGAAAACUUACCGCGAAAUAUAAGUAUGGUGGCUCAGAAGAAAGGUCGUGGAGCCAAAACUCAGGCUGCUAAAGCCAAAACCGCCAAUCAGAAUGAAGAAGUACCUCAAUCGGAGGUUGAAGCGAUGGAAGGCACUGAAGAGAAUAACGGUCAGACAGAAUCGGUCGAACAGGUAGAGGAUACCACUGCGGCUGAAGAAGCUCCAGAAGGACAGGAAGCUGAACAGAAAGAAGAAAACGCCGAUGGUGAAACUAAGGCGGAGGAACAAAAGGAAGAGAAGGUGGAGUCUGGCAAACUACUUGUGGAAAACCUCCCAUCAAGCUACCUUUUUGACUACCAAGAAAAGCUGAAGGAGUUGUUCUCAAAACAUGGGGAAGUUGUUAGUGUAAAACGUGGUCCAAUCAUUGUUACUGAACUGACCACAACUCCGACAUUAUCGGCUAUAGUCGAAUUCAAAAACAAAGACUCUCUGGAAAAGGCGCUGAGCGAGAAUGGCACAGUGUUGGAGGGCAGCGCCAUCUCUGUGGCGGUGGAGUCUCGUAGUGAGACAGCCGUGCUAGUGGGUGUACCGUAUGAGGCCAGCACCGACUAUGUGAGGUUGUUGUUCGCGCAGUGCGGCGAGGUUUCACACAUACAUGAGUUCAGCAAGACCAAGUACAAGAUAUUGCGCGUGACCUUCUUUGAGAAGGAGGCUGCUGAGAAGGCGCUAAAAUUAGAUCGGGAGCUUCGUAUUAAUGGAUUCCUUGUCACCAUCACCAAAUUCCGCGAUGAAGAGGAGCAAAAGGCUCAUGCUGCCAAUACCAACAAGAAUAAGCGGCAGCACGGGCAGCAGCAGGGUGGGCAGCAGCAGCAGGGGCAACAGCAGGGACAACAGGCGGCGCGCAACGCGGGCGCGGGCGCGGCAGGCGCCGGCUCGCGCGCCAACAACUUCAGAGCGCGCGGCGCCGCCUUCAAUGCACGCGGCAACUUCAGAGGUGCGCGCGGUCGUGGGUUUGGUGCUCGCGGUGGCGCAUUCCCUCGCGGCGGCUUCGCGCCCGUCAACACGUACAUGCCACCGCAGCCCUUCAUGGCGCGCCCCGGCGGCUUCAUGAACGACGGGCAGCGGCCGAACAAGCGGCUCCGGCAAAUGUAA